AUCAACAAAUCCUGUCUUGGCUCUUAAAUACCUAUUAAAAUGUUACCAUCUGACACCAUCAAGGAUAUCUUAAUACGAUCUUAACACGAGUUUUCAGCACCACGCAGUUCUAAAUUGAAUCCCUGCUAGGUUGAAGGGAAGCAAAAUGGCUUUGGCGCCUUGUAAUCAGGAAACCAAUCUAGACUAUCUCCCUUAAUGGUCGGACGUUUAUUUGUUGUGUAAGUAAACUCAAGGGUCGCAUUACAGAAGAGGGAAAGUCAUAACAGCACUAAAAGGAAACAAACUAAAAGGCCCCGCCAAACAGAUGUCAAAACGGACGAGUCCAAGUCGACUUCAGAAGGAAUUAUGCUGACCCAUUAGUGAUUCUCUCGAGAGCUAAUCGUUGGGUCGUUUAAUCAUAUGUAGAUCAUCGUGAGUCUUACUCGGACAAAACCUUCUUGUUUUCUUCGCAAAAAUGAAUAAUGCGACCAACGGGACGGAAGCACCCCAAGCUCAGAUGGACUAUGUUGUGGAACCACUGGGCCUUCGAAUUUUUCGCCUCACGGUGUAUGUCAUUAUAUUCUUGUUGGCAACGUUUGGAAACGCUCUCGUAAUUUUCGUGGUUUAUAAAACACGAGCACUGCAUACAGUAACGGGUUUUCUUAUUGCUAAUCUUGCCGUGGCGGACCUUGGAGUAGGGAUGCUUUGUAUUCCAUUCACUGUCGUAUAUUUUGAACUGGAUUUUCACUGGCCAUUUGGUGCCUUCAUGUGUAAACUCCUUCCUGCUCUGAUGGCUUGCUUCGUUAUGGGAUCGGUGGGAACAAUGUUGGCAAUUUCAUUGGAUCGCCAUCAAUCCAUAGUGCAUCCAUUUGGUAUGCGUAUCACACGGUAUCAAGGCAAGCUGAUCAUGUUGUUAAUAUGGCUGAUAGCUCUUCUCCCAGCGCUGCCAAUGCUGGGAGUUAUGACUACUGAACCAUAUCCAGCAGGCGUCGCCUGUAAAGAGGACUGGCCUAUAACCACUGGAAUGCCCUACUCUACAAUAUACCUAUUAUGCACUUUUGCAUUGACUUACGCUAUUCCUCUUCCAAUUAUGAUACUUAUCUACAUCAAAAUCGGUGUAAAACUUCGUAAAGCUAUCAAAGAGGGGGCUGACAGACCUGGGUUCACUCAGGCUCAAGCUACGAAACGGAUCAUCAAAAUGUUGGCAGCGGUGGUUGUUUGUUACGCGUUGUGUUUCCUUCCUUUCCACACCUUGUAUUUCAUGAUAGACUUCGGGGAAUAUCAAUCCAGGUUCUUUCCAAUCCUCCAAAGUUUCUCAAGCGUCUUCAUGUACUCAAACAGUGCUUCCAAUCCUGUGCUUUAUGCUUUCUUUGGUGAUCAGUUCAAAAUGGGAGUCAAACAAGUAUUUAAUUCUACUAGACUGCAGAGGUUUCGAUCCAGAAAAUCAACCUCUUAUGGUUGGGGGUCACCUUCCACAAUUAACAUUACCAUACUACGAUCUCACUUUACAUACAUGUACAUCAUGCAGUCCUAUUUCCAAGUCCUGAUGUACGGCAACAGCGCAACGAACCCAGUUUUGUAUGCUUUCCUUGGAGACCAAUUCAAGAAAGGAUUUAAAAGAGCCAUUCGCGGCGGGAGCCAAAGAGGUUUCUACACACCGCGAAAAAUUUGUGUGAUGUGGCCCACAAAUGAGACGAACAUGCUUGUCAAUACCACUUCCACACCGAUACUAACGGUUGCCGAACCGUUGGGAUCCAAAAUCUUUCGAUUAAUUGUGUACACAAUAAUAUUUCUUCUCGCCGUCACUGGAAAUGUGUCUGUACUUGCUGUCGUUUACAAGAUAAGGGAGCUUCAUUCUGUUACAGGUUACCUCAUCGCAAACCUUGCUGUGGCUGAUUUGAGUGUCGGCAUCUUAUGCAUCCCCUUCACAGUUCUUUAUUUUGAACUUCGUUACUGGCCAUUUGGGUACGCUCUUUGUAAGAUCAUUCCCACGGCACAAGCAAUGUCUGUUAUGGCUUCCAUUGGAACACUAGCGGCUAUAAGUCUAGAUCGUUACCGAGCGAUUGCUUAUCCAUACGAGCCCCGCAUUACAUUAUAUCAGGCGCGUUUCAUCAUCGUUGUCGUUUGGCUGACCGCAACUCUAGUUGGCCUACCGUUUGUCGCAGUGAUGCAGUUAAGGGAAGAUCAGGAUGUUUUCUUGUGUUCGGAGGAUGGUUGGCCCAGUGAGACAUUCAAAGACAUUUACAAUGUUCUGUCAUUUUGUCUAACAUAUGCCAUACCACUACCAACCAUAGCGGUGUUCUAUACUAUAAUUGUAAUGAAGCUUAAUAAGGCCGCAAGGGAAACGUCGGACAGUGAAGGAUUUAGAACAGCGAAAGCCAAGGGAAAGGUGGUGAAAAUGUUGAUAGUCGUGGUGAUUCUCUACUUUCUUUGCUUUCUGCCUUACCACAUCACAUAUUUGUGGUUUGAGUUUGGAGAAGGAAAACAGUACAAGGGAUUCUGGAUUCUGUUCUCCUAUUGCCAAGUACUGGUGUACGCAAACAGUGCGGUAAACCCUGUGUUGUAUGGUUUUUUAAGUGAACAGUUUCGAAGAGGAUUCGCCCGUUUGGUGCCUUGCUGUCGAAUCUGGAGUAAAGAUUACAAGGUUUCAAGGUAUCCAUACGCCAGCAGUGUUUCACGCGUCAUCGAGAGACCGACGACAAUUUACCAAUCAGUGUCUGUUUGGAUAUAAAGAGCUACGAAAUGAGCAACAGAGAAGAUGGUUCUCAUUCAGAACGUUCAUUUCCACUCGUGCCAAGCCUGGAAACAGCCGAAGAUCACUUUCGAGUUGUAUCUUGCAUCUCUAUUUAUCCAUGUUUUCUCGUCUUUGAGAUCAUACGUGUAUUCACGCACUUGUGUCAUUACGAACCCUUUUGCGGUGGGCUACAAUUGACAAGGGCCCAACCUUUUUCGUUUUCCUUUUUCUGGUUAGUUCUUUUUGAAUUGAUCUUCAAAUAUCGUCUACAGGGGCCACGAGGGUGGAGUAAUUUGUCAAGGAUCUCCCUGAGGGUUGGUAGAAACUGGGUAAUCUGGAUUAAACUAUUCUCCAGCACCACUACUUUUCGUCGUCCGUCCCCAUUUGAAAUGAUAACCAUGCCAGACAAACAGCUGGCCCAAUUUACAAAAAACAAAAAGAUAUUUUGGGGGACUACGAAAGACAUGCAUUGCUUCUGGCUCAUAUGUCGCACACCGUAAAACAAUUACCAUUAAUCCUGUAUACCUCCGCUCUCAUCGUAUUUCAUUACUUCGUGACUAUUUCAGCGACUGGUAAUGCACUGUGAGGUUAUGAACAACGGAUGUUAUUAUAAAGAGACGGUUAUCAAGGAUGGAAUAUUCUCUAGAUAGAUUAUCAAAAUAAGAGUUAUACUCGGUAACAAUUUCUCAUGAUCCGCUUUUCGAGCAGCCGUUUCUGUCCUCACUGAGGAACAAGCCCUGGAGGUCUUUAGAACUUAAUACGGGUAAAAGAGAUUUCAGUUAAUGUUAUCAGCGAUAUGUUGACGUAAAAAGGUUUUUAAGGUUGACUGAACUCUUUACAAAUCUAAAUAACUGAAGUAUUUAAAAUUUCGCAUACUAAUGUCAGCCAUUAGGAAAGCCGUCGAUAAA